AUGUCUUGUCCUUACGAAAUCCGCCACAAAAUCGCUAAAAAAGUGGCUGAGAAAAGGUUUAAAAAUUAUUCGAAAAAUAAAAAAUCGGAUCCUUCGAAAAGUAAAAAAAAAAGACCUAUACUAGCUGUAGACAUAUAUCAAUCUACAUUUUAUGGAAAUAAUUCUGAGAUAAUUCCUAGCAAAGAAGUUUUCAGAAAAAUUGGUAAUACUUGGAGAGAUACGGAUCAAAGUAUAUAUGAAGAAAUAGCACAAGAAGCACGGAAGAUUUUGGCAUAUUUGCUUGAAAACGAUCAAAAUUUUGGUCAGGAACAUAAACCUAAUAUGACUGCGUUUGUUAAUUCCUCCCCUCAAUUUCAUCCUUCUUCUGAUGAAGAAUGCAUUCUAUCUACGUGUCGUGAUUGUAAUUUCAAUUUGUACGGAUUUUAUUGA